UCAUUGACAUCCAAAAGUUUUUGUUAGUUAGAGAUAUGGUCCUUUAGAGGAAUUGAAAGGUUUACUGAUAGAGACAUUUCAGUUCGGGAAUACAACAUUUUAGGAUUUCAGAUGACUGUCACGUAGAAACCGAGUAGAAUGUGUGAGCCUGGUUUGUUAGGUCUGGAACGAUGAAGUUGAAAUUUAAAUCAUGUGGAUAGAUGUUUAGGACCCAGAUCACUAUCAUUUAGAAAUUGAAUAGAAUGUAUGUGCCUUGUAUGUCAGGUCUGAAAGGAUGAUGUUAGGAUAUGUAGACAUUUCCUAAAAAGAACAUUUAAAUCUCUCACAGAAGCUAUAUAAAAUGUGCUCAAGGAAGACUUAUUUUUAUUAACCGACUUGUGGAAAGCCUUGUUAAAAAGGGUUGAGCCAAAUUCAAUUUUGAUUUGGUGGCUUUGUGAAAGAGUCACAUAAACACGGUUCUAAGAGAUUAUACCGCUUAACAUUGUUGUCAAUGUUGACCUAGUAUUUCAUCGAAGAAUGUGGUUUAUUAUGCCCCUUCGAUAAUGUAUCUUCUCUAUAGAAUGGAUUCAAGUGAUAUAGUUAGUCGACUCAAAGAUUUAUGAUUAAUGAGAAGGUUCCAUAGGAAACAGACGAGUUGCAUUAGUUGUUUCAUGAGGCAGAAAUGAUCAAAAUUUGGUAACAAUUGUGAAUGUGAGUCUUAAGAUCCUAUUACUGUUACAAUAGUGACGAGGUUGCACGUUGUAUUUUGUCAAUGAAAUUGGUCCUAUAUGUUCAUUAUUAGGUUAAUGGAACUGAUGUCAGAAACCUUCAGAGAAAACGAAUUGGUUUGGUUAUGUUAAACGAGCAAUUGGAUUUCCGUCUUCCCAAAGGUUGGCACUUUUUUAUCUACAUAUUGGUUUUGUUGGUUAAACUGUGUUCUUUUGAUUUGGAAGGGAAUUUACUCACCCAUAGAUCAUUGUCAAAGAAAGUAACAAAUCUUCUAAAUUUAAUGCUCAUAAACAGUUUGCUGAAAAUUGACCAUCACAAAUCAUUUAACAUUAAGCAAUCAAUGUUUGUUAUGCAGCUGAUUGUUUUUCAUGGCUUCUAUGAGUAGAAAUUUCCAAAUUAGCUACUUUUGGGGUGCAUUUAAUCAAGACAAUGGGAGAGAGCCAUCAUACGGGAAAAUCAGUCAUGCAUUUCUCUUUAAAUAGUAAAUAAGAUUGUAAGAAGAGUGCUGACACCAGGCCAGGGAAAUGGUCAUGAAAGUGGUUGAUGAAGGAAAUGAACCCCGUCUACAAACCCAUCAAAACACAUUAGUUCACCUUUCACUUAAUCUGAACCGGAGAAUCUUAUACUUGAAUAUCAAGUGCGUGAAGGAAAUGAACCCCGUCUACAAACCCAUCAAAACACAUUAGUUCACCUUUCACUUAAUCUGAACCGGAGAAUCUUAUACUUGAAUAUCAAGUGCGUGACAGUGCAGCACCUAUGAAAGUCCAAGUUGAUGAAAGUUAAGAGACCUAGUUAUGUUUAUUUUGAAUCAGAGUUUGAGUGUUGAUACCCUGUUUGGUGAAACACAAGUGUCAACGUCUUUGAAGACUAGUCAACCAACGCUGGCUAUAGUGGUCAGUCAGACUGGUUUUAAAGAGGGAACACAGGCUUAGCCAAUGAAAUGGCCGAAAAAAAUGGGUGAAGCGGUCAAAAAGAAGUGAUUAAUUAAGAGAAACAUAUCGCUUCACUUGAGGCCCCUUGACCAAGCAAGACCCAUGGAAUAAUGUGGGUAUUUGGGUAUAUGACUAGAGGGACAUUUAUAGUAAAAUGAGCAGAAACUGAUAAAUGACGGGUGGUGACACAUGUGGCCUGGGUAAUUCAUGGCACACAUCAUUAUCCGGGUGUAUGAGAAGAACUGUAGAUAAAGGACCAAUAUUUGUGUAUUGCAUAGGGUAGAAGCUCUGAAAUUCAUAGAUAAAAGUAAUGAUCAUCAAACCAUAUGAAUUCCAUGUAAGCCUUGUUUUCCAAGGCUUCUGGGAGCCUUUACUUCCACCCGCUAGGAGUCUUGCUUAACGUCUGAAGAGAACUAAUUUGAAUUGGAGAACAUAGAUCCAGUAGAGGACAGUAGUCUCCUAUCGAACAUGUGAAGCUAGUGAACCCAACGUAGUUGCUCGGUAUGUAAAGGCAGUUCUUCAAAUAUGUAAGUCAGAUUUUCAUUGUCUGGUUCAUUAUUUUUUGGGGUCAUUUUCUUGUAGCAAUUCCUUUUGGUAAUAGUCUAGUGGUUGGUUGUUAGAAGUUAGAGUGAUAUGCGAAACGAACUUCUAAUCUGUUGUAGCAAUUCCCUUUUUGGUAAUAUUUUUUAUCAAUCAACUGCUAAUCUGUUGCUGAUAAAGAAACGAACAAGGACAGGUGCAAAACCAAAUAUACCAUAUGCCUCAGCUAUGUUAGAUUAACGAUGCGUAUGGUGUAAAUUGUCCAAACCGAGCUAAGGUUGUAUUUAAGUAAUUGGAUUAGUUAGUUUUCAAGCUUGGCGUUGACUUGUUUCCGAGUUAUAUGAAUCAAGCUAAUGAAGUUUGACUAUCACAGAUGGUCUGAGACCACAUUCAAAGAAGGUUCAAAGAAAGACUGUCUACUCAAGCUAAUACCCGAGAGAAAGUUCUAUUUUUUUAUGGCAAUUUUUGGUUGCCCCACCGAUCUCAUCUCCUGUAUGUAGGAUUAUUGCCAACUUAGCAUUUUUUUCACCAGAGUUUGGAUUUUAGUUGAAACUCGAACGGGGAUAUGUUCUUUUGGUAGUGACUCUAACUUGGUGGGUGGUGGGAUAGGUGGAAUCUGGUAGGCCAACUAAAUAUUUUGAAAAAUAUAAUCAAGACGUUACUUCGUGAUCUAGUCUAGAAUGUUUAAAGUUUAAACCCCAAUAGGAAAAUGGAAGAAGAAAAGUAUAUUUCCUAUAUGAUCCGGAUCAUGAAUGAAUCAAACUGUAUAGCCAUUGAAUAGUAGAACCUUGCCUAAUACAAUGUGAAUCUGUAGUCAUCAGAGUCAACUCGUUCCUCAAAUCGCACACUUUAUUGGAUGAAUUGAUUUUCACUGGAAAUUUUGCAUUUCCGGAUAGUGGUUUAACAUAGAACAUCAAAUUCUUUGAAAUACAAUAGGUUGAUUCUAUACCACGUGCAUUAGUGUUCAUCCACUUCGAUGCCGCUAAAAAUAUCCGUAGUCUAUGAAAAAAUUGGUCAUGAUAGGUUAUUUCACGUGGGAUGGAGUAACUAGUACCAAUCUGCUGCAUCCUAAUAAUCGGCACACUUACGUUUAUGAUAUUCCUCCUUGAUAGGGUAGAUGUUUUCUUUGCUGGGGAGAUCCUUGUAAUCACAUUAGUGUUCAGAGUCAUGGUACUAUCUGGUGCUAUUACGGAUGAUUAUGGUGAUGCAAGUUGAUAAUGAAGAGGAACAUAUUCGUGAAAGUGAGGGAUAAGAAAAGCAUGCGGGGUAGUACGAUCCUCGUCAUUGAUUGCAAUUGCAAGUUUAAGAUGAGUUCCAGGAAAUGACUGUGGAUCAGAUGGGGUACAGGAUUCAUCGUCCAUAAUCUUGCCAUCAGGGAGCAGGUUUUGACUUGUGACUGGAAUGCCUUCGAACCUUCUAAUCUUUUCUUUCAAUUCUAUUACUAUUACUAAAUUAAAAAUGCCUAUUUUGAUAAGGAUUUCUCUCUUAUUAGAUAAUUUAGUUAUCAGCUUCAUCUAUCCCUCCUCUCAAAUGAGUGUCCAGUUCUAUUGAAACUAGCAUAUAUUUAUCUACUUAGCAAGCUGUUGUUUAUAUAACUUAAACAUAGAGAAGUAGAUAGGUUUAAGGUCAUUAUACGUCAGAGUUUCUCCAUGCAUGGUUUCUCAUCCAAUUAAUCCUAGCUCUAUAUAUUGCCCAGAUUGAUUUUUUUUCCAUUAAAUUCUCUCGCACGUGACACAUCAUUCAUCAUUCCUCUAAAGAUUCUGUUUAAAUUAGAUUUAUGCCGCUCUUUCACAAUGCCCGGUGAAGCUUAAACUAGGAAUGUAAUUACUGAUUGAUGAGAAAUUUCCUUGACAAUUACUCGGUUCAUGAACCGAAAAACGUAAGAUAUAGGAAGAGAUUAGGUGACACGUCUAUAUUGAUGAAUGUUAGCCCUGAGUUUACAUACCAAUACAAUAUUAAUGAUGGUUAACCCUCUCAAGGAAAAUGCAGGGUAGCAGCAUUCCACAUCCUUCUAUAAAAAGCUAAUAUCUUAGACAUCAAACUCAAUAUCACAUACAGAUAACAUAUAAUACUACUAGCUAGAUUUACACCUUAUCAGAUAGAUCUUGAGAGGGACAUGGAUUUGAAUAUCAUACCCUCUGAUGGUAAGGGAUUCACCAUUCGUGUCGUAUUAACUCAUACUGUAUUACAAAUGAAAGAAAAUAUUUCAUACACUCAAGGCAUUCCUGUUUCGAAUCAGGAAAUAAUCUUCAAUGAAAAAUUGAUGUGGGAUGAAUAUCGAAUUCUAUCUUACUAUGUGCCACAAGGUGCUAUUCUUCAACUUCUGGUUUGUAACAAGCAUGAUAGUCAUAGUAGUAGUACCCCUCUCAACAAUAACAAUAAGCAUCUCCCAGGUACUUAUAUUCUCCCUCUUGCUCCUCUUGAUCCUACUGCUCUUUCUCCUAGCCUUCUGCCUUUGCAAUUUUGUUCCGGACAUCCUUCUACCUGCUCUCCUUAUCCCUUCUUCUACGGUCUCUCUCCUCUCUUUCGUUCCUUGGAUUUGUUUCCUUCAUCUCCAUGGCUUUCAUCUACUCUUACUUAUGCUGAAGAGGAUCACCAUAUUCCCAAUUACCCUCCUUUCCUGCUUCCCAUACCUCCAACUUCACUUCCUCUACCCGAGGAUCAUCAUGUGAACCAACAAAAUCCUCAAGGUACAUUGGAAACUACUGGACCUUCAGCUUCAUUUACUUCAAACAUAUUCUUUAGUAAGAUUCUUUUUGUACUGGCUAAUAUACCAUUGUUAAGGAAACAGAUUACCAUGGUAAUGGAUUCAACCGAAACAGUUCGCCAGUUGAAGAAGAGUAUUAUGGUUGCAUCUCCCGAGUUACCAGAUGUUUUCGCUAUUGUUACCUCAUCAGGUUUUGAACUACUUGACGAAAAUUGUUGUUUGAGCGUGUAUCAGUCAUUUAUGGAUGUUUCUAGAGUCAAUGUGAUAGUCGAUCCUAGCAAAUCAAAGCCAUUUAGUCAAGGAGUUGGCAUUAGUGCUACUAAUAUUCGGAGUCAUGAUACUAAUUCUUUUAGCGAGUUGCAAUUCAAAGUUUUCCCGGUGUUGGGAUCAAACACGAUGGUCAUGGAAAUGAAUCCGUUGGCUAAUGUUGGAGAAUUAAGGAAAGAAUUACAAAAGUUUCAUGAUCUUCUCGAGCGUCGGCUUCCCGCUGUUUAUUUUUUCGUGUACGAGCACAUGCUGAUGAAUGAAGCAUGUUCUUUUGAUUAUUAUAAGGUUCAGCAAGGUAGUAUGAUAAACAUUGUUACAGCUUAAAUUUGAACACAAAUCCUUUAUCCUUCUACAUCCAUAUGUCAUUUCAUUAAUCAUCAAAUGUCUUAGACCUGUUGUGUUACGGUUUUGAAAUCUUCAUUUGAAUGUUGUAAUGAACAUGGAGAAAAUCUAUAAAAAAUAAUUUGAGCAUUAUUUUUGCUGGUUAAUGUAGAUUCUUAUUUGUUGUAUUUUCUUUGUCAUUUAGUUUAGACUUGAGAGUAGAACAGUUAGAUGGUUGAGAUUGACAUGUCAGAUAAAAUGGGAACUUGUCGAAGUAGAAACCAGAAGUCAUUACCUCAGAACAGGCAAACCCUACUACAGUGCUGAAACCCAUUUUAUUUGUUUCAAGAAACUUUUGAGAUCUGUGCAGGUUGUUAGAGAGAAAUGGAUGUGAUUAUUAAGUUCCCCAGGUCGAAGAGGAAAAUACUGAAAAUUGAAGCAGGGUAUUUUGAUACAAUCAUUGUUAGAGAGAAAUGGAUGCGAAGUGCUGUGAAUUUCCAAUCAUCAAUCAGAAAUGGAUAUUCAGUACAAAGCUUCUGGUUGAUUGUUGUGGUAUAGAAUUCUAUCAAGUUGUAGAAAGAUCUCUAUUUCAACUUGAGGAUGCUGAUUGUUGUCCUCCUUUUCCAGAUGAUGAGAUUCAGAUAUUUUAAGAUCAUCAUUCCAAUAUUAAUGAUGAACGGAGAAAUGUUGUGCCUAGUCCUUUGCCUUCUCCUAAUCUAGGUAACCAUCAUCAGAAUGAUACACAUCUGGUAACAUUGUCUUCACUGUCAUCAUCAUCACUGUCAAGCAAUAAUGUGAUUGCUCAAAAGGGAAAGAAUAUCCGGCAUCAUUGUUAUCGAUCAAAAGGGAAAGAAUACUGAAGCGGUGAUUAGGAAAGAUUCGCACAGCAUUGAUGACCAAAGGGGAAUGAACACUAAUGUUGUGGUUUCAGAUGAAUUGCACAGCGGCGGCGAUCAAAAGUUAAGUACACACUAAUGCCGUGAUUUCAGAAGUGUACACCAGUGAUUUCGAUCAAAAGGGAAAGAAGAAAAGUCCAGCAAUGUAAGCGAAGCAGUGUGAAUAGACAAAAGAAAAGGAAAAUUAAUGCUACCGUAAAAGAAAGCACAGUACUAUUGCAUAAAGGAGUGGAGUUUUACCGGCUCACAGCUAGGAACUGAUGAGGUAUUCGAUUGUAGGCUGACAGCAAACACGGUGCUGAAUGAAAAUUGAAUUGAUUUUCUGUACUGUUAGUACAAGCUUAUUCAACUGCUAAACAGAUUACGCAUGUGGAGUGUUUUUGGCUUCCACAUGAUAGUGAUGAGUUGCUGCUGUGCUUUGAUGGAGCUGCAAGAGGGAAUCCUGGAAGCUCCGGUUGCAGGGUGGUAUGAGCUUAGCACUUGGAGUUAAGACAAACUUUUUGGCGGAAGCUUGGCACUUGGAGUUGAGACUAACUUUUUGGCGGAAAUUUUUGCUGUUGUGGCUGGUCUGGGAUGCGGCUGAGCAAUGGGGUACGGGACGAGUUUUGAUUCGUCAAACUCCAGCAGUGCUACACAAGCUUUCAAGCUUUCAAUAACAAGAAGUUUCCCUGGUUUGUGAGACAAAGGUGGCUGGCUGCUUGUGCCAAUAAUGAUUUCGUCGGUUAUGAGCAUGCCUGUGGUAAACUUCACUGCUGACUUUUCCCUGCUGGUGAAGGGGUUACUUGUGAAGGAAGACCUUUUUCUGUGCAUUCUAUAGUAGGACUAGAUAUGGCUUAUUAUAGAUUCAAAAUUCAAAUAGUUC